AGGAGAAGAAGAAGAAAGCCGUUCUGUGCGGAGCCGUUAGCUUCGAGGCUAACAACAUCAACAACAACUACUACUAUUACUGCAGGAACACAACAACGACGCGCUCCGGGCGCCUGUCGGCAGCAUGUCCGCCUCCAAGAAGGGGAAGAAGGCGGUGAGCCAGGAGGAGCUGCGGCGCCUGAUGCGGGAGAAGCAGAAGCAGAAGCAGAACGCGGACAAGAAGCGCGUGCAGUCCCCGUUCGCCAAGUACAGCGGCGCGGGGCAGCUGAGCUGCGGGCUGUGCGGGGUGGCGGUCAAGUCCGAGCUGCUGUGGCCCGCGCACGUCCUGGGGAAGCCGCACAAGGAGCGGGUGGCGGAGCUGAAGGAGGGGAAGAGCCCGCAGGUCCCGCAGAUCCCGCAGGUCCCGCAGAGCCAGCCGGCGGGCCCGCACAAGAGGAGAGCCCCGCACGGGGAGGACGACGCCGACACCGGCAAGAGGGCUCGAGCCGGGGACGGCGCCUCCUCCGGAAAGUCCGCGGGUCUCAGCCUGCUGGCAGGAGUCUAUGAUGAUGAGGAGGAGGAGGGGGAUGAUGAAGAGGAGGCGCAGAAGCGGGGCGCGGACCCCCCUCAGCAGCAGCCGGAAGCUGCGGGACUCCCCGCAGACUUCUUCGACAGCUCCAUCCCCCCCGCCCCCGCCGCCAUCUCCCACUCAGGCUCCAUCCUGAAGGCGGAGGCGCCUCCCGCCCCCCAGGAGCGGAAGGAGAUGGCCGAGGCGCUGCCCGAGGGCUUCUUCGACGACCCGGUGCGCGACGCCAAGGUCCGCAACGUGGACGCGCCCAAAGACCAGCUGGACAAGGAGUGGGAGGAGUUCCAGAAGGAGAUCCGGCAGGUCAACACCAAGUCCGAGGCCAUCGUGGCGGAGGACGACGAGGAGGGCCGGCUGGAGCGGCAGAUCGACGAGAUCGACGAGCAGAUCGAGUGCUACAAGAGGGUGGAGCUGCUGAGGGACCGCAGGGAGGUGGUGGCGAGCAGGAGGAGGGCCUCCUCCAGGGUGGAGCAGGAGGAGAGCAUGGAGGUAGAGGAGGAGGAGGAGGAGGAGGAGGAGGAUGAAGAGCAGCUGCUGGGGCUGCUGUCCCGGGACUGGAGGGCGAAGGGAGCCCUGGCCUGAGGAGGAGGAGGAGGAGGAGGAGGAGGAGGAGGAGGACCUGCUGCUGGAGCCUGAGCUCUGAGACUGACACUGAGCUCAGCUGCUUCAGAAGCAGCAGGAUGGACCAGAUCCUCAACACGCUUUUCUGUGUUUCAGAUUCAAGUUAUUAAAAGGUUUCAGUGUGACUGUAAAGGCUCAUCUUGCUCUCUGAAAGCUGUAACACGGUGGGUUCAGCAGCAGUGAGAUUUCUAGCCUUAUUACGAAACAAAACGGUAUAAAAUGAAAAGCCAAACCUGAUAAAGAACCGAGAACCGUGCAGCCACACCGGAGUCCUCCUGCAGGAGUUCAUAGAUCUCCUCAGUCUCUGCUGAUAGAUGUUCUAACGUCUCUUUCACAAUAAAAGACAUGAACAGCUGUCUGGGAUCUGGUGCCAGUUUGAGGCUUUUCAUUUAAAGUCUGUUAAUUCUUCAGGUUUCAUCUGAAAGUGUCUCGGCUGCUGCAGCAGGAGCUGAUUUUUCAUUUUGAAUUUGCCGUUUAUGCUUCCAGCAAGUUCCAGAAACUGACCUACAUUAGCUGUUUUAUAUAGUUAAACCUUCAGUCAGGACAUUGUUACUGAAGUUCAACCAAAAAAUCAUCAAUUUGAUGUAGAAAAACUUUUUCAGGUAGCAAUUUCCUGGCAAAUUCUUAUUUUGUUAAAAACGCAGAACUGAAUUUCUGCUGUCUGUUCUGAAUGAAUCGGUGUGUUUACAAGGGACUUUUUAUCCGUUUAAAUCUGAAUAAAGCUUAAAUGACUC